AUGGACCAUCCCUACCGCCCUGCAGCACUGCUCAAUCUAGCUACCGCAAAGUUUGUCAGUUGCCAAGCUGACGGAAGACACCUCAACCUCGAUAUCCCUAUCAACCUGUUUCAAGAUGCUCUUGAUUUGCAUCCCACUGAUCACCCGGACCAAACCAUCACCCAGCAUCUUGCCAUUGCUCUAGAGUUACUGAGUAAAAUCCUCGAUGUCUGCCAUGCCAACAGUCACAUUCACAGAGCAGCUUUGAUUGCAAUCGAAACAUCCACUCUGUAUUCUGCUGAAAGCAUUGAUGCAAAUGAUCUUGGGCAGGAGCGGCCCGCCGCACCCAUGCUUCCGUUAUCCCUGAAUCAACUUGCUCAUCGAGCAAAGUGGUGUUUGCAGAAAGAUGAUCCCCGUUGGAGCAAUGGCGAAGACUUGGAUCAGGCGAUCGCACUUCAGAGGGAAGCGCUGGCUUUGCGCCCGGUUGGUCACACAGAUCGGUCCCGGUCAUUAAAUAACCUUGCCGGUCAACUCUCCUCCCGCUUUGAGCACCGAGGCAAUGUCGAAGACUUGGAUCAGGGUAUCGCACUUCAGAGGGAAGCGCCGGCUUUACGCCCAGUCGGUCACACGGGUUGGUUCAACUCAUUAAAUAACCUUGCCGGUCAACUCUCCUCCCGCUUUGAACACCGAGGCAAUGAUGAAGACUUGGAUCAGGCUAUCGGACUUCAGAGGGAAGCACUGGCUUUGUGCCCGGUCGGUCACACAGAUCAGUCCUUGUCAUUAAAUAACCUUGCCCAUCAACUCUCCUCCCGCUUUAAGCACCGAGGCAAUGAGGAAGACUUGGAUCAGGCUAUCGCACUUCAGAGGGAAGCGGUGGCUUUGUACCCGGUCGGUCACUCAGAUUGGUCCAGGUCAUUAUAUAACCUUGCCGCUCAACUCUCCUCCCGCUUUGAGCACCGAGGCAAUGGCGAAGACUUGAAUCAGGCUAUCGCACUUCAAUGGGAAGCGCUGGCUUUGCGCCCAAUCAGCCACACAGAUCGGUCCCGGUCAUUAAAUAGCCUUGCCAAUGGACUCUCCUCCCGCUUCUCGCACCGAGGCAAUGACGAAGACUUGGAUCAGGCUAUCGCACUUCAUAGAGAAGCAUUGGCUUUGUGCCUGGUCGGUCACACAGAUCGGUCCAUGUCAUUAAAUAACCUUGCCGGUCAACUCUCCUCCAGCUUCUCGCACCGAGGCAAUGAUGAAGACUUGGAUCAGGGUAUCGCACUUCACAGGGAAGCGCUGGCUUUGUGCCCGCACCGAGGCAAUGAGGAAGACUUAGAUCAGGCUAUCGCACUUCAGAGGGAAGCGCUGGCUUUGUGCUCGUUCGGUCACUCAGAUCGGUCCAGGUCAUUACAUAGCCUUGCGAAUGGACUCUACUACCGCUUCUCGCACCGAGGCAAUGACGAAGACUUGGAUCAGGCUAUCGCACUUCACAGGGAAGCGUUGGCUUUGCGCCCGGUCGGUCACACAGAUCGGACCUGGUCAUUAAAUAGCCUUGCCAUUCAACUCUCCUCCCACUUUGAGCACCAACGCAAUAGAGAAGACCUCGACGAGUCACGAGACAACCUAGGCCGUGCAUUGACUCUGUUGACGCAACAUGAUCCUCAUCAAUUACAUGUCCAUAAUUCGCUCACUAACGUCUAUCUAUUAUUCCAUGGACUUAACGGCACCAGCACGGGCGAAGUCACCGACAGUCUGAAUGCUGCCAUGCAUAAUCUCAAGGCAGCAGCAAAUGUUGUGUCUGCAGGUUUGCUGCCUCGCCUGCGAGCAAGUCUGAGCUGGGUUCGCCAUGCUCUUCAACAUUCACAUGGUACUGAGCUGGAGGCUCAUGUGACUUCCAUGCAACUUCUGGACGCUUACAUGUCCACGACAGCUUCAGUAUCGUCUUGUCACAAUAUCAUGAAGGACUUCCUGAGUACACUUGCCGUUGAUGCUGCAUCGUGUGCUCUUCGUAGUGGUGAGGUGUGUCGUGCUGUUGAGUUGUUGGAACAAGGCAGGACUAUCAUCUGGACCCAGAUGACACGACUCCGCACACCUCUUGACAGCCUCCAGACAUGCGACGAUCACGCAGCGGCCCUGAUAAAGAAAUUCAGAGACCUCAGCUCCCUCCUCGACAAACCUCCUGCGAAUGAUCGAGAAGCAACCUCAAGAGUCAAUGUAGAAGCACAAGAAGCCCGGUACAGACAUUUAGUGAAGGACUGGAAUAGAGCUGUAGAAGAAAUCUGGAAGAUCGAGGGCUUCUCUUGCUUCCUCCUUCCCCCCUUAUUCUCCGAUCUUCAAGAUGCAGCUCGUGAUGGGCCUAUCAUCGUGCUCAUUGUGAGCAAGUCGUCUUGCGAUGCCAUUAUUAUCCUGCACAAGCAACCUCCGACUAAGAUUCCACUCCCUACCAAUAUUGAGAAACUCCAGAUAUUGGCGACCAGACUCCAAUGCAGAAGUACACCAGCGCUGACAACAGCCUUGGCGGAGCUCUCUCGAAUAUGGUGGUGCCCGACGUCUGUGUUCAAUUUCUUGCCCUUGCACGCUGCUGGCCAGUACUGGAGAGAUGGGCAGUUCCUUUCACAGUUCUACGUCUCUUCAUACACACCAUCGCUUACCGCGCUGAUAAAGGCUCGCAGACAUGACAGGUCUCUAUCAGUGUCCUUUGCUGCCAUCGGUCAGGAUCACCCAGCCGGUGCUUCGCACACUUUGGAAUGCGUGGAGCCUGAACUGGAAUUAGUGCAGAGUCUUUUACCCCCUCCCCCAACCGUUUCCUUCACCAAGAUAACGAGCGUUGAUGCAAUGCAAUCAAGGGCACUGUGCGCGCUGCGAGAGAAUACUUGGCUCCAUUUUUCGUGUCACGGGACACAGAAAUAUGAGGACCCCUUCAAUUUGGCCUUUCUCAUGCGAGACCAGCCACUUUCACUCCUUGAUAUCGCACAAACAGAUCUGUCUCGGCAUGAAUUCACAUUUCUCUCUGCCUAUGAUACCGCAGUCGGUGACCAGGAUACUCCUGAUGAAGUGAUACACCUAGCGGCCGGCCUGCAAUUCGCUGGGGUUAAGAGUGUUGUUGGGACAUUAUGGAAGGUCAACGAUAGUACUGUGCAGCGCUUAGUCGAGGCAUUCUACAAAAACUUGUGCGGGGAUGGCAAGAUGAAUUCCAAGCAAGCUGCCUGA